AUGCCAUUCCAAAACACGGAAAAAUUCAGGACAGCGGUCGCACUGAUGAAUUCUAUUGACCCACCACAACUCUUCUACAAAUUUCUCAAUCAUAUAUUGUUGAAACACAAAGUUUCGGAAAAUCAAGGAUCUACAUUCACGGAACAAGAAAGAGAACGUCUCUUGGAAACAUUUCCAAUGAUUAAGAAUGAUAAACAACUGGUACUGCUCAUUGAUGGUUGUAGCUAUGUAUUUGAACAAGCUCUCUAUAAUACUCUCAACCCCGAGAAGCUCUUCCAAGAAUUGAUAGACUCACAAAGUGGAAUUUCUGAAACACAUGCCCAAGCAUUCCAAGAAGUGUGGAGAAAACAGGGCAGAGAAUACAUGAGUAGUGCUAAAGAACAUACUUUGGGCGGACCAGUGAAAUUGGAUCACUUUGAUUGGCGUUUACAAAUGCAAAUUUCUGAAUCUGACUUGUCCAAAAUGAAAAUUCCAAACGUACUCUUUGAAUUUACGACAUUGGAUUAUCAAAACAAGGAUCGUGAAACAAACAAACCAAAAGAAGAAAAUAUUGUUGUGGAAUUUACACGAGAUGAGCUUUAUGGAUUUUUCACCAAAUUGGAGGCCAUCCAAAAUCAAUUGGAUAAACUGUCCUAG